UAAUUGACAAAUGUAGAAUGGAUUAAUACGUACAUGUCGUGUCGUGAUUGAUGCUGGACCAGCCGCUGCCGCCGAGUGGAUGAUGCAGGCGAGCCGGAUGAUCUGUGCGCGUCACGCUAGCCUCAGCACCUCACGACACGUCGAAGCAUUCCUCCGAAACACGCCCGCCCGCACCGCGACCUCGUCCCUGCAAUUAUUCCUCUCCCUCGCGGCGUGCGGGUGUGUCGAGUAUGUCCAUUGACACUGCACGCUUUGUCACUGUCCUUGCCAUUGCCCUACUGCCAUCGUCCUCUUCCUCCCCCAGAGCGCGGCUCAGCCUCGCGUACACACUACACGUCUGACUUUCUCCCGCACCACACGCGGCUUUUUCCAGCCACCCACCGCGUGUUCGACCUAUUUCACCCCCCCUACGCAAUGGCAGACCGCAGGCCCAACCAUUGGCCUCCUCGCAACAUGCCUUCAACAGGGUCUGGCAAUGCUGCACCUCACCCAGCUCUGCUGCCCGCCUUUGAGCCAUUCUCUUCCUCACCACCCUCCGCCCUGCCUCGACCUUCGAAACGCAAGAUCGACGACGUCCUAGAUGAUAGAAAGUAUUAUCCAACACCUAUCCCCACCUCGUCCACCGGCAUCCUUCCCUCCUCACCGCCACCACCACGUCAGACGCGUCCCGGCCUGCAACGCAGCGUCUCCGCCCUCUCCGAACGCGCCCCGCUCGCCGACGUGCCCACCCUGACCCUCCCCUCCUCCGGCGAGCCCCUUCUCAUGGGUCGUUCCAGCAAUUCCUCCGACUACCAGAUCUCAUCGAAUCGCCACAUCUCACGCGUCCAUAUACGCGCCUCUUAUUGCCAUCCCGACUCUUUCAACGUGGCGGGCAAGGUGGAGGUGGAGUGUCUCGGGUGGAAUGGUGCAAAGAUCCACUGCAGGGGCGAGAUUGUCGAGUUGGCCAAGGGCGAUGUCUUCGUGUCGGACAAGCCAUUGGCCCAGAUCAUCGUUGACGUGCAAGAUACGCGUGUGAUGCUGGUGUGGCCCAAGGGUGAAGCACGCGAGUCGGUCUCGGCCGAGGCAAGGUCUCCGUGGGCAGAGGAAUCUCCGUCGAAGCGUCGUAAUACCACGGGCGCCGAGUUCGCGUCGAGCCCGCCGCUGUACACCAUGCCACCCCGCCUACACUCCCCGGUCUCCCCUACACCAGCCGUCGACCUCAACUCCAGCUUCUCUUCCACCUUCCGCGCCGACCAGACAGAGGAAGUCAAGGUGUAUGUGGACGCCGGUGAGGACUCAGAGGCGGAUGCUCCUCAUGAUCCAACGCCUUCGCCAUCGAAGACGUCUCCUCACGUGCCCACGCCAGCCCUCCACGCUAGUGAAGAAGUGUCGCGUGCCACCGAUCCGGAGGAGUUCUCGGAACACGACGAAGAGAAUGAUCCCGUCGUCCACUCCUUCGGACCCUUUGGCGAUAACAUUCUAUCCCGCUUCCAGUCCUUCCAGCCCGCGUCCCCAGAGCAGGCCCGCAAGCCGUUGUCCGCCUCGACGAACCCAGCAGCCCACAGCCCACGCAAAACCAGCCCGGUGAAGAAUCACGUCAUCAACCAGCUGGCGUUUUCACGCGUACACUCCCUGCCCCUCUCGACCAUCCAUAGCAACCUGCCGGCCGAGCUGCGUGGUGCCGUCGCCAAGACAUCCGAUGCCGAGAACAACGCCGCUCUCACUGCUGCAGACCUGCAGAGCAUCCUCGACGACAUUCCGUGCGUGGGUGAGAUCAGUCGCGAGGGCAAAGACGCGGCAGGCAAGUUGUUGGAGAGCGAGUUUUACUACGUGCCGGAGAUGGACACGGACGUGAACCGUCGCGACACCGUGACGCAAAGUCUAGGCAAGACUAGCAUCCGCGCUGCAAGGAAGCAGCACAAGCAAUACUACUGGAAGCGUCCAAGGAACUGAGGGGUCGCUUGACCUCUCCCGACCUUUCAUGCUUUCGUCUGAUGUUCGGGGCCUGUAUGGGCCUCUUCCGUUUCCUCUCUCUCCUACGUCGGAUCGACUUUGCAUAGCGGAGGCGUUGAGUACGGCACUUGCGUUUCGUGAGGUCGGAAGCGAAGCAUCUUUAUCGUCCAGCAAUGCAUUGCAUGAAGGGGUCGUGAUAUGACUGAUGUCUGAGCUCGAAAACAAGAAUGUGAGGGGUGCGGGAUGGGAGAAACGGGAUGAAGGCGUGUCCGCGUUUUCGACGUACUCUAAAGGAGAGCGUGUAGAUGGAGAGGAAAGAAGGAAGAAUGGAGAGGAAAAUCGUAAAAAGUCAAGGUUGUCUUUUCCGUCCCAUUCACAUUUCAGACGUGUCACAUGUCGCCCGCGGGGUGGCCUGGCAUUUGACAGGUGACGUAAGCGGUGUCGGUCCGCGCUUAACCCU